CAGUCUGCUGGACGAGCAUAUCUGAGGCGGACGCAUGCUGCCUGCUUGUUCCAGAGGCCCCAGCGACUUGCACGGCUCAACACGCUGCGCAUGGAACUCCUUCAACACGCAUCCUCCAGGACUGACCCGGGCCUCAAAUCCCGCGCGGCAUUUCACAGUGGGCCUUAGUUUCAUAACGAGUCAGUCUCGAAAACCUUUGAUAGCUCGUUUUUUGUUUUUUCUUGUUUUUAAUAUUAUUAUUAUUAUUAUUAUUAUUAUUAUUAUUAUUAUUAUUAUUUUAUUUCCUCCUGUUCGGCAUUGCUGCCUUUUAGGGCUAGUGAACUUCAAUAAAUUAAUUCAGAAUUCCUCGAAGAAUAAGCAGAUUGCCCAAGGAAGAAUUGAAAGUACUGAUUUAUUUAAUAAUGAAAUAUUCCUGCAAUGGAAGAGAAUUUCAUUUUAUUUUUGGUGUAUUGUUUAUAGUCUCAAUGUAACUAUAAAACUAUAUACAAAAUUACAGAAAAUGCCAAAUUUGAAAAAAAAAUUAAAUAUAUAUGUAAAUAUGUUAAAACAAUUGUGUUCAAAACUUUUAUUCGUUGCUAAUAGUUUUCGUUGUGGUAAUUUUGUAUAUCUUGUCACUUUGCCUCACAAUUUAGUGAAAAAUAUUAGGAUUUAUGAAAAUAGCAUCUGUAUAACUGAAAAGUUAAUUUUUUUUCCAAUGAGGAACUAUUUAUGA